AUGUUUUAUAUAAUUUCUAUUAAUUAUCUUCUUCAAUUUAUACUCAUUUUUAUUUACAUAUUUCCGACUUAUACUACUGUUGAACCUAAAUUAGAAUUGGUUUUUUUGAAUGGUCUUAAUGUUAUACGUUGUUCCGAUAAGCAAGUUCAAGUAUAUGAAAACAGUGACAAAUUUCUUACGGAUAUAUUAACAUGUGAUAAUAAAGAUGACAUAUAUACUCAUAACUAUGCUGGUUUUAACUGGACAGAACUGACACUUAUAUGUGCAUCCGAUGAUAGCACAGUACACGAAGAACAGAUUAUUAAAAUAAAACAAUACGGUACAAAAUAUUCACAAAUACCUAAUAAUGUUGAGAGUCAACUUAGUCGAUCAGGACCAUUAUACCAAUGGAAUGUUCAGCAUGAUACUAGUUCACAGUCUGAUAUACUGAAAUCAAAUGAGCAAGACGUAAAUAAUACAUAUUUUGAUCCAAGUACUGUUCCAGGCGAAAGAAGAAUUUAUAUAUGGUUUCCAGGUAAUGGAAUUAUUUGUCGAUUAAUAUUUACUAGUAACCAACCCGACCCAUGUCCUUCGAUGCAUAAUCAAAUAGUAAAUGAUGUUAAGUAUGCUUGUUAUUAUAAUCCAGGUGCCGGAGGCGAGCCAACAAUAGAAGAAAUGGAAGCUGAAUUAGAACAAGUAGAAAAUGAACCUAGACCGCCAGGAACUGAUACGUAUGUGUUGGAUCUAGAAAAGCCGAUUAUAGUUCCAAAUAAUCCAGGUAAUUCGGCACAAUCUAAUUCAAAUAAUCCUUCACAAUCUAAUUCAAAUAAUUCACCACAAUCUAAUUCAAAUCAACAGAAAAAUAAGCUACCAUUUUCACCAGCAAGUCAAAGAAAUCCUCCUAAUAUUCCAAAAGCACAAGAAACAAAAAAUAUACCGAAAAUCAUUGGACUUAUAUUUGGAAUACUUAUAAUUAUUGCUCUCAUCGGUGGUAUUGGUUUUUAUACAAUUCGAAAAUAUCAUCUGAAUAAAUCGGUAUCGUUAUCAUCAAAUCUGGAAGAUGAUAAUAACAAAGGUUUAUCAUCACUUGCUCCAUAUGGAAGUCAACAAUCAUUGUCUACAGUUGAAUCGAAUGAUAUGAAUAGUGAAUUAUCUAUACAUGUUCCAUCAAAACUAGAAAAAUCUGCUUUUGAACGACAAGAUAAUACAGCUGCAAAUAAACGGACACGAGCUACUUCGAGUAUGGCUUUUACAGGCGAUAUUUAA